CAUUCAACUAGUAGCAGACCAUGGCGGAGGUGCUAGAGUCGAGCAAGGCCGCGCAGGAGCCGCUCCAGGCCGAGAAGCCGCAAGACGCUUCAUCCGACAAUGCGCCUGCCAGCGAAGAGGAGCAGAGCAAUGAGGAGGAGGACGUGGAACCACAAAGCUCCGAUGACGAGGAAGACGAGACCCACGACGCCGUGGGCUUCGGAGACGCCAUGAGCAAGAUUCUUGGCCAGAAUGUGGCGGAGGACGCGCAGCCGAUCUUAGCCAAGCGCACGACGGCGCGUAUGCGUGAAAUCCAGAGCGAUAAAAAGGAGACCAAGACGGCGCGAUUGAGUGCUGCGGAGAAGCGUGAGCGCGAUCAGAAGGACAUGGCGGUGCCUGACCACACGACGGCCGUGCAGGACCGCAAACUGCGUAUGAUUGCGACGAAAGGAGUGGUGGCUCUGUUUAACGCGAUUGAGAAGCACCAGCACCAGGGUAGCAAGAAGGAGGACAAGAACGACAAGAAGGUCAAGGAAAUGUCCAAGGACAACUUUCUGGGUCUGCUCAAGGCCUCACAGCAGAAAACCACAGAGAAACCUGCGGCCAAGAGCUCGUGGUCUGUGGUACAGGACGACUUUAUGAUGGGCGCCAAGCUCAAGGACUGGGACAACCAGCACGGCACUGAGGUAGGACGAGUGCGGCAAACGGGAGACGCAGACGUCGAAGCAGCGGAGGACGUGGCGUGGAAACAGGCUGGAGACGCGCUCGACAGCGAUGACGAGACGGCAGAAAGUAGCAAACCCACCAAGCGGCGGGCAUCUUCGUCCUCUAAGGGCAGCAAGAAGGCCAAGCGCUCAUAGAUGAACCAAUACAUACCCAAAUCAAAAAAGUGUUUGUAAAUGAUGAAAAACUCCCU